UCCAGCACAGUUUGCUUGCCUGAGUUACAUCCACAAAUGUCUCGGAAGCAGCAGGCUAACUGCAUCCUUCUCCUCACAUUCCUGGGUCUGUCUGGGCUGGUUGGCACAGUUACCAGAACAUACCACAUUGGGAUUGUGGAAGAAUACUGGAACUAUGUACCCCAAGGAAAGAACGUUAUUACCGGGAAGAGUUUCACAGAAGACAAACUUGCAACAUUAUUUCUCGAAAGAGGGCCCAACAGGAUAGGCAGUCUUUACAAAAAGGCUGUUUACAGACACUACACAGAUGAGACCUAUUCCACGGAGAUCCCUAAACCUCCCUGGCUGGGAUUCCUGGGCCCCAUCUUGAGGGCUGAAGUAGGUGAUGUGAUUGUCAUCCAUUUAAAGAACUUUGCUUCCCGACCUUACUCUUUGCAUCCACAUGGCGUCUUCUACAACAAAGAUUCAGAAGGAGCUCUGUACCCAGAUGGAACAUCUGGGAAGAACAAGAAUGAUGACAUGGUUCCUCCUGGCAAAAACUACACCUACGUGUGGCCAGUGAGAGAAGAAUAUGCACCUGCUCCCGCAGAUGCCAACUGCCUGACCUGGGUGUACCAUUCGCACAUCGAUGCCCCUAAGGACAUCUGCUCCGGGCUAAUUGGCCCACUGCUGGUGUGCAAAGAAGGUAUCCUGCAUAAAUAUUCGGGGACAAGGACUGAUGUGGACCGAGAGUUCAUUAUAAUGUUUACUCUGGUGGAUGAGAAUCAAAGCUGGUACCUAGAUGAAAAUAUCAGACAUUUCUGCACUGACCCUGAUUCAGUUGACAAAAAAGAUGCUGUUUUCCGGAGGAGUAACAAAAUGCACGCCCUGAAUGGAUACCUCUUUGGAAACUUCCCUGAGCCUGAAAUGUGCGUUGGUGAAUCGGUCUCCUGGCACCUAUUUGGGAUGGGGAAUGAGAUAGACAUCCAUUCCAUCUAUUUUUAUGGUAACACGUUCAUCAGCAGAGGGCAUCGGACUGAUGUUGUCAACCUGUUCCCAGCCACCUUUCUGACAACAGAAAUGAUAGUUGAGAAUCCUGGGAAGUGGAUGAUAACUUGCCAAGUCAGUGAUCACCUACAAGCUGGUAUGCUGGGGCAAUACAAUGUUGGUAACUGCAAAAGUGGUGUUUCUCACCCCAAGAUGAAGGGUCAACAGAGGCGCUACUUUAUAGCAGCUGAAAAAAUUCUUUGGGAUUAUGGUCCUCAAGGCUAUAACAAAUUCAAUGGUCUUCCCCUAAACGCCUCUGGCAGUGACUCUGAGCUCUACUUCACACAAGGGGACAACAGAAUAGGAGGAAAAUAUUGGAAGGCUCAGUAUGUGGAAUAUGUUGAUGCAACUUUUACUCGAAGAAAGAGACUCUCCGGGGCAGAAACCCAUCUUGGAAUUCUUGGCCCAGUCAUCAGAGCAGAGGUGGGCGAUACCCUGUUGGUGACCUUUGCCAACAAAGCUGACAAAGUCUACAGUAUUUUGCCCCAUGGUGUGAUCUAUGACAAGGCCUCUGAUGCAGCCCCAAAUGUAGAUGGAUUUCUGAAACCAGGGGCACGCGUUAAGCCAGGUGAAACCUUCACGUACAGGUGGACGGUGCCAGAAAGCGUGAGCCCAGCAGCUGGUGAUGCCCCCUGUCUGACCUAUCUUUACUUCUCAGCAGUUGAGCCAAUCAAAGACACCAGCUCUGGCCUCGUAGGACCUUUGCUAGUUUGUAAAAAGGGUGCUCUCAAUGCUGACGGGACACAGAAAGGAAUAGACAAGGAAUUUUACCUAUUAUUCACAGUCUUUGAUGAGAAUCUGAGCAGAUAUCUUGAUGAAAACAUUCAGAGGUUUACCUGGCGUCCCUUCAGUGUCAACAAGGAGGACAAAGAGUUUGUGAAGUCCAACCGAAUGCAUGCUAUUAACGGCUAUAUGUAUGGCAACCAGCCUGGCCUAAACAUGUGCAAAAAGGAUAGAGUUUCCUGGCAUAUGAUUGGAAUGGGCACUGACACCGACAUGCAUGGAGUUUAUUUUCAAGGGAACACCAUCCACCUACGAGGGACUCAUCGUGACUCCUUGGCCCUGUUUCCCCACAUCUCCACAACGGCAUUCAUGCAGCCAGACCACGCAGGUAUUUUCAGGGUGUUUUGUUCCACCUUGCACCACUUCACGAGAGGCAUGAAUCAGAUAUACGAGGUCAACAGCUGUGGCAACAAGGACCCUUCUGAGCAGCCGUAUGGGAUGAUAAGAACCUUUUACAUCGCCGCUGAAGAGGUAGAAUGGGAUUAUGCCCCUAACAAAAACUGGGAGUUCGAAAAGCAGCACUUGGACGCAGGAGGGGAAAGACAUGGAGAUAUAUAUAUGAACCACACUGAAAACUGGAUUGGCUCUCAGUACAAGAAGGUGGUGUACAGGGAAUACACCAACGGAGAAUUUGUGGAGAUCAAAGCCCGACCACCACAAGAGGAGCACUUAGGACUGCUGGGCCCAAUGAUUCAUGCUGAGGUGGGCGACAGCAUCCUGAUCAUAUUUAAGAACAAAGCCAGGCAACCCUUCUCCAUCUUUGGCCAGGGUGUGGAGAUCAUGGAUAGUGGGAAGCAAUUCCACGUGCCCAUCACAAAGCCAGGAGAAAUAAAAACUUACAGAUGGAAUGUCCCUAAAAGGUCCGGUCCAGGGCCAUCCGACCCAAAUUGUAUUCCGUGGGUUUACUAUUCAACAGUAAACUUUGUGAAGGAUACAUAUAGUGGUUUGAUGGGGCCUCUUAUUACGUGCAGAGAAGGAGUGUUGAAUGAAAAGGGAAGAAGAAGCGACGUUGACUAUGAAUUUGUUCUUUUGUUUUUGAUAUUUAAUGAGAAUGAAUCCUGGUAUCUGGAUGACAAUAUUAAGAAGUAUCUCAAUAAAGAUCCACGAGAUUUUAAGCGCACUGACGAUUUUGAGGAGAGCAACAAAAUGCAUGCUAUUAAUGGAAGGAUUUUUGGGAAUCUUCAUGGCCUCAUCAUGAAUGAAGGUACAAUGACAAACUGGUAUUUGUUAGGAAUAGGAAGUGAAGUGGACAUACAUACCAUCCAUUAUCAUGCUGAGAGCUUUCUUUUCAAAAUAGAUAAAUCUUACCGAGAAGAUGUGUAUGAUCUCUUUCCUGGGACAUUCCAAACCACUGAACUGUUUGCAGAUCACCCAGGGACAUGGCUGUUACACUGCCAUGUCUCUGACCACAUCCAUGCUGGCAUGGAGACAACUUAUACGGUCCUUCAGAACAUAGACAACAGGAUUCCUUACUCCACGAAGUCUCCUUCUGGAGGAGGGUCACAGCCGGCCACGGUGCCCUCCAACGAAGAACCUGGCAAGGAGCAGCUUUAUUUCUUUGGCAAGAAUCUGGGUCCUAGAGGAGCCAAAACAGCCUUGGUCAUCCUUUUCAUCAUCGGACUCCUCCUCCUGAUCACCACGCUGAUUCUCUCCCUCAGACUGCGCUCUGCGAGGAAGCAGGUGGCAUACCGGGAAGUGCAGUCCUGCGCGCUCCCCACGGAUGCUCUGUGAACGGGCUAGUCUUCCUCAGCAGGGAAAGUGGUCAAGGCAUCAGUCACGGAGGAAAGCUGAUACUAUGUCGUGGAUC